ACACAUCAUCAACAUCCCCUCCUCUGGUGGUCUCACGGCUUCCAAACAUUAGUCCAUUUGAUGAUUCGAACAUGCGUUCUUCCGAGGCAGAUGUUGGUCCAAGUAACGAUGAAACCCACAUCAUAACAGCCGGCUAUCUUCCUGUGAUGGUAGCCCCAGUGCAAACCAUUCGAAACUCUAAUGAUUUGAACAACUACUCAUAUGCUGCGGGGGAUGGUCUAAGUACUGCUUCAACAGCUGGCCUUUCUCCUCCUCUAGAUGUCACACCACUACAAACUGUUAGACCAUCUGAUGACGUCAACAACUACUUAUAUGGUGUCGGUUCAAGUACUGCUCCAGAAAAAAAAGGACGUGGUCGACCAAAGGGUUCUAAAAACGUGAAGACCCCGGCGAAGAAGCCAAACACAGAAGAUCCCAACAGCAAAAAGGUUCUCUCUCCCAGAAACUUUGAUUCAGGGAUAACCGAAACAGAGAGAGAAACCGGGAAUCACGAGAUAGUUGAGGUUGUUUUGAUGCGGUUUGAUGCGGUUAGGCGGAGAUUUUGCCAACUAAACCUCCAGAAAGGCAUCCUUACAACUGCAGACGCUAAUUGCAGGACUAUGGGGGUCCAAACUAAUAGGAGAAGGAGGACGGGUCCUGUUCCUGGAGUAGAAGUAGGGGAUAUAUUCUAUUACUGGGGUGAAAUGUGCUUAGUCGGGCUACACAAACAAACUGUCAGCGGCAUUGAUUAUAUGACGACUAAUGAUGGUGAAGUAGAACCUCUUGCAGUGAGCGUGGUUACAUCAGGACAGUACAAUGAUGAAACUGAGAACCUUGAAUGGUUGAUCUAUUCUGGAUAUGGGGGAACGGAUAAGAACGGUGCACCUCAAGAUCAGACUAUGGAAAGAGGGAACCUUGCACUAGAUACAAGUAGAAGAAUAGGAAACGAAGUUAGAGUCACCCGAGGCAGAGGCGACCCCAACGAUGAUACUAGAAAGGUAUACAUCUACGAUGGACUUUAUCUUGUUUAUGAGACGUAUUCUGUGAUAGGAAAAAGCGGCUGUAAAGAGUUUAAGUUUAAAAUGGUGAGGAAACCAGGCCAACCUAAUUCUGGUUAUGCAAACUGGAAAUUAGCUGAUGAUUUGAGGAUGCACGACCCGAUUGAUUCAAGGCAGGGUUUUAUACUUCCAGAUCUUUCUUUUGGAAAAGAGGUUUUACGAGUCCCGCUGGUUAACGAAGUAGAUGAAAAUGACAAAACUAUUCCUGAAGAUUUUGAAUACAUCACAUCUCAGCAUUACUCAAGAGUGACGCUUGAUUUAAACAUCGAUCUCCAAGCACUUGGAUUCCAGAAUUUUCAAGGUCAACCAUCCUUUCAUCAAAGCUGCAUGUGCAUGGAAAGAAACGGUGGCGAGUUACCGUACCAUAACUCCAUUUUGGUUUGUCGUAAACCAUUGAUUUACGAAUGCGGUGAAUCUUGUUCAUGCCCAAACGACUGUAGAAACCGAUUAGUUCAAAACGGUUUGAAGCUUCACAUGGAAGUGUUCAAGACAAGAAUGUGUGGUUGGGGUGUACGGUCUUGGGAUCCAAUCCGAGCUGGGACCUUUAUCUGUGAGUUUGCUGGUGUGAGGAAGACAAAAGAAGAAGUAGAAGAAAAGGAUAACUUCGUGUUCGACUCAUCUCGGUUUUAUAUGAGGUUUAAGUGGAACUACGAACCUGAGCUUGUGUGUGAAGAUGUAUGGGAAAGUGUCCCUGAAGUUUUCAAUUUGACGACGCAAGUCUUGAUAAGCGCCAAAGAAAAAGGGAACGUUGCUCGAUUCAUGAAUCACAGCUGUAAGCCUAAUGUUUUCUGGCAGCCUAUUGAAUCUGAUACAUAUGUUCGCAUUGGGCUUUUUGCGAUGAAGCAUAUUCCUCCGAUGACAGAGUUAACAUAUGACUAUGGAGUUUCUUCUGUAGAGCGUAUUGGAGAAGAUGAGAGGCUUUACAAAGGCAACAAGAUUUGUCUCUGUGGUUCAGUCAACUGUCGUGGCUCUUUCGGCUGAUUUGCACUCUAUAUAUCAC